AUGAAGAAACUGCCUUUCAAGCCCACUGCGAUGCGCAAGGCUGCUCCCAAGCCAACUCAGCCAGAAGAAGCAAACGAUAGUGACGAUGAUGGACUGGCUCUGUUUAGCCGCCGAAAGGAGAUGGUGUCUGUCAUGCAAGCCGACAUCGACCGGCGCUCAAAGAAACGUCGCGCAUCUGACUCUGAGGAAGAGCGUCGACAACUCGAGGCUACUGAAGAGAAGCCAGCGCGCGACAAGCCCGAAGAUGUUCAGGACUCUGGGGUUUUUAGUCAGUAUGAUCACAACGAUGUCCAGGAAGACCUUCCAUCCGUUCAACCAAGCGAAGAGACUCCUGCUGCAGAGGAGGCUUCGGCACAAGACGAAGCUGACGGAGCUAGGUUUGACUUUCCACCCUUCAACUUUGAACUUGAACUUGUCACACCUCCUCCCUCCAAGCGAUCAAAACUCGAUUCAAAUUCAACUCAAAAACCACUACUGAGCAUGCAAACUGAGGAUGAGGACGAAGAUGAAGAACCAUUUCCCGAUGCAUCGCCGACACCACGAGUACGCCCACAACCUGAUUCUCCAAGCCCAGUCAGAAGUCGAAAGCCAGAGGUCACGCCACCACAGCCCAAGCAAGCUACGCAGGCCAUUAGAAUUGAUUCGGACUCGGAAGAUGAGGUGAGGCCAAGUCGAACGGCGAAUCGACGAAGCAGUAGUAUUGAGAUCAACGACUUCACCUCGACAAAGCCUUCCAAGGAGCCCACACCACCACCGGUAACAACAGCGGAGGACGACGAGUUUGCGGAGUACAUUCGCAGGGCUGAGGAGAACCGGGCUCGCCAGCAAGCCCUGCAGCAGUCGGCCAGCACGAACGACUCGCCAAAGAAGGACGUGAUCAGUGUUAUGAUCACGAGCACCAUACCUGGUUCUGGCAUCUUGGUGGCCAAGUUUCUCUUUGACAAGCAGCUCCGUAUUGCACGCGAUGCAUGGGUGAAGCACCAGCGCAAGAAGGGUCUGGACCUCAACCCUGAUGACAUCGUUCUCACAUGGCGAAGAAGCAAACUAUACAACACUUCAACCCUUACCGGCCUAGGUAUUCGACCAGCUGCCAACGGAAAGGUAGAAGCUGAUGGUCUUGGCUCCGCUGGGUUCAGAGAAAACCGGUCCGUGGUACAUAUCGAGGCAUGGACCCCUGAACUCUUCCAGGAGAUGGAGCAGGAGGAGCAGUUGCAACGAAGGCGGGACGCAGGGGAAGUCCCUGACGAGGAGGAACCUCGGCAGGAUGAGCGGGAGAGAUUCAUAAUCAUGCUCAAGGGUCGCGAUAUCGAGCCGCUUGAAUGCAAGGUCAUGCCAGAAACGACUGUUGAAACUCUGAUCGCCGUCUUCCGCAAGCAGCGCCAGAUCAGUACUGACAGGGAGGUGUCUCUUUGGUGGGACGGUGAGCGUCUUGAAGAGCACGUCGAAAUGGAAACGGCCGAGAUCGAAGAGCAUGAUACAAUUGAAGUACACGUGCAGUAA